AAAAUAUAUAGAAAAACAUACUCUACCAAUCUCCAAAGACUUAAUAUGCCUCGUAGAACCCAAAUUCAAGCGAUGACUUCUUGUUUCCAUUUCCUUUGAAGAUUCUAAAACCCCCAUUUGGAAACAAAAUUUUUGGUCAUUUUCAUUCUUCUUGAAUUAUAAUUGUCUUCCGUCCUGUAUUGGACAAUUCUGUUUGGUCAGCGCCUCUUAAUUGAUCAUCAUCUAGACGUCCACAUCACAAAUCACUGUUGUUCUUCUUAUUAAUCACCACUUACGCAUUCCAGCAAUUAAACUCCGAACUGGUUUGUCGCACGAUGAUAUUCUUGACGAAGUCCCCCCUCACUGGGGAUCUUUGCGCCUUAACUUUCUCCAUUUGUGUCGCACUCUCUUUGCUUCGAUGUUUUGAAGAAACUGCAAGAAGAGGAGUUUUCGACCAGAAACUAAACAGGAAGCUCGUGCAUAUAACGUUUGGACUACAGUUCAUGUUAUGCUGGCCGCUCUUCAGUUCAGGAAGUCAAGGAGCAUUCAUGGCAGCUGUUGUGCCAGGUGUCAACAUAGUGAAAGUGCUUCUCAUUGGAUAUGGAAUAGUGAAAGAUGAGGCCACUGUCAAAUCUAUGAGCAGAUUUGGAGACUACAGGGAACUUAUAAGGGGUCCUUUGUACUAUGUUUGUACAAUCACAUUGUGUUGUACUGUCUACUGGAGAACAUCACCUAUUGCCAUUGCUGCAAUAUGUAAUCUUUGUGCUGGAGAUGGCUUUGCUGAUGUUAUUGGAAGGCGAUUCGGAAAGAAGAAAAUUCCUUAUAAUAUUGAUAAAUCUUUUGCAGGGUCCAUUGCCAUGGCAGUUGCAGGUUUCAUUGCUUCUGUUGGGUACAUGUACUAUUUCUCGAUGUUUGGCUUUGUUGAGAAAAAAUCUGAAAUGGUGGUGGGCUUCUUCGUGGUGUCUCUUAUGAGUGCGUUGGUUGAGUCUCUCCCAAUAAGCACUAAAUUAGACGACAAUCUGACUGUGCCUCUUGCCAAUGUGUUGCUAGGAACUUUGGUAUUCUUGUAAAUGUAUUGAGCUGAAAUAUGUGAUUAUUUGUUGUAAAAUGUUACUCAAAUGGAUUAUAGUCAUGUACGUGUUAUGUUGAUUAGAACUUGCACCAAUUUAUGUACGCAAAUGUUGGUUUUAAUUGCAGAAUUGUUCUUGUCUAA